CUAACCUUGCCUCCUGUAGUUUUUCCUGUCAGCGGACACCUUGCAGGGCCAAAGAUCGCUGAGAGCUCCUUUGCAGUCAUGUCGGCAGCUGCUUCGGGGACCAACAAGGCUGCACACGGCGACGGAGCCCCGAAGAAGAAAAAGGGCCCGGGCGCUUUGGCUACGGCGUACUUGGUCAUCUACAAUGUUGUUAUGACAGCGGGGUGGUUGGUGAUUGCUGUGGGUCUGGUUAGAGCGUACCUGGCCAGGGGAAGCUACCACGGCCUCUACUACUCCAUCGAGAAGCCCCUAAAGUUUUUUCAGACCGGCGCCAUCCUGGAGAUUGUGCACUGCGCUAUAGGGAUCGUGCCGUCCUCCGUCGUCCUGACCGGCUUCCAGGUCAUGUCCCGGGUCUUCCUCACCUGGGCUGUCACACACAGCGUCCGAGAGGUGCAGAGCGAGGACAGCGUGCUGCUGUUUGUCGCUGCCUGGACCGUCACCGAAAUCAUCCGCUACUCUUUCUACACCUUCAGCCUGCUCAAUCACUUGCCCUACCUCAUUAAAUGGGCAAGGUACACCUUCUUCAUCGUGCUCUACCCGAUGGGCGUGAGCGGCGAGCUGCUGACCAUCUACGCAGCGCUUCCCCACGUGCAGAAGAUGGGCCUGUACUCGGUCACGCUCCCCAACAAGUACAACUUCUCCUUCGACUACCACGCCUUCCUCAUCCUGGUCAUGAUCUCGUACAUUCCACUGUUCCCUCAGCUGUACUUCCACAUGAUCCGGCAGAGGAAGAAGGUUCUGGGCCACGCUGGUGACUACAGCAAAGUGGAGUGAUACGGAGCCCGUCGCCAAUGAGACCCCAGAGCAGAGCAAAGCAAGCAAAUGAAGCGGACUCUAACCGUAUCCGCUUUCAACCGAAACAAAACGGACCUCGUGCGUGAUCCCGUGAUUUGGAUUUCAUUUGGUUUUCCUCACGUCUGCUGCUGUUUUCUUCAUUUUGUCUUUUAUUUAUCAACUUAAACUGCCUGAGUAAGCGUGUCGCACUUAAAGAUGCACUGAAUCCUUUUUUAAUUAACCCCCGUGCAGCUUUACCCUUUUUAGACGCCGUUUAGUCGGAAGAAUUAACUAUUUCAGCCGGUUUGCGAACAAUUUGGAUCUGUGUUUUUGCAUCGCUUCUCUAUCACAUUUUACUCUUACUUUUUUCAUGAUUGAAUGCUAGCAUCAGUUUUGUUGUUGUUGCUCCUUUUGUCCGCUAAUAGUCAUGACUUGUACUGUUUAUCCCGAGGGAUUGGCUUUAGAACCUUUUCAUCUCGUCAGCCCCCUUAUUGAUGAUCCUCCAUCGUGUCUUUUGUUCAGUUUAAACAAUCAAGGAAAUGACGACGUCGCUUUUGAGAGGUAGCAUUCCUUCACUUUAGUCCGGAGUAAAUUUAACGUUGCCUGUAAUCUCAUUUAUUCCCUGCAACGAGCCAGCGAGCUAAGUGAUUAUACAGACCAAACAAAUUCCACAUAUUCUAGAUGAACUUGACUUAGUAGUUUAAAAUAACUAACUUUAAAAUGUUUGUACAUGCGAGUUUAUAUGAACAGAAAGCACAAUGUUGUUGUGGUAGCACUGUUGGCCGAAUAAGUGUCAUGAUAAUUUGAUUAAGUUGGUACCCAAGCCUGGUGAAUUUGUCAUAAAGAAUGUGUGAACUGAAAUGUGACUCUUGUGGUUGUCCAAUGAGGAAGAGAAUUUACAAAUAUAACAAAGAAAUGCAAAUAAUUACAUGUAUCUCUAUUGUGAUGUUGAGCAAAGAUUAAAAUUAAGAGUGUGGGGAAGUCAA